AUGGGAAAGGAGAUGCAGGAUUAUAUCAUUGGCCCGAUGCCGGUAAAGGACUUCAUCGACAAAUUCCUACCGAACCCUGGAGAUAAUGACAUCUCGGACUUCACUUCGCGCUUCGCUUCGGCCUCAGAAUCCGAUGUGUUCAACUUGCAAUCAAUUCAAAGAGAGCAGGACGUUUACCAACCAUUCAUUAACGGCAUGCAAGAAUUCGCCCCUCAAUUAUCGUUUGUGAACACUUCGAAACAUGCAGAUACGAAGAACUGCGCAUCAUUUACAUUCAAUGUCAUGCCGGACGUAUGCGUAUAUGCCGAUGGAACAUCUGACGGCUGUGAUAUCACCAAAGCCGAAGUACACAUCGAAUUCAAGUGGAAUGAUGCUCUCGACGCAUUCAGCAAAAAUCCUGGAGUCGAUAAUCCUAUUGUUUCUCAGACUGACAAGGCAUUUGAUACACUCGGUCAAAUAACGAGCUAUGCUGCCGCUCAGCUCGGUGCUCAAUAUUGUACCCAUUUAUUCUCCGUCCUCGUCAUUCGUAACCGUGCUCGUCUCAUCAGAUGGGAUAGGGAGGGAGCUAUCGUCACGAACGCCUUCGAUUACCAGCACGAACCUCACUUGGCCGAUUUCUUUUAUUGUUUCGCACGAGCAUCGCCUGCACUGCGUGGUGUCGAUACUUCCGUAACGCUAGCUAGCGACGAAGAAGCUACCCUCGCAAGGACAGCGUUAAAACUUGCCCCUACCAUACGCAUGUUCAAAGUUGCGGUCCCUCGGGAUCCAGCUGACGAAAACUCUGGCUGGUUGACGCUCAUUAUUCCCCAACCUGUUGCAAAAGGUUAUCCGCUUGUUGGCCGUUGGACUCGCACGUGCCCUGCGUUUGACAUCCUCAACAAGACAGUUGUGAUGUUCAAGGACUCUUGGCGCGUGUCGAUCAAGGAUGUUCUCCCGGAAGGCGAAACUUACAGACUAUUAAAGUUAAAGAAAGUUCGCAAUGUCGCGACAUGUAUCGCAUUCCACAAUGAAAUCCACCCUGUCCCCCAGCAAAACACCCAGACCGUCAAGUUUAGGAACGCCAAAUGGGCGUGCCCUAACCAAGCUGUCACUCCUCACACUCUUCACCGCCUGGUUCUCAAUAUCGUGGGUGACAAGUUAACUGACUUCGAGAGCUCUCGUCAACUUGUUCAGUCUGUUCGUGACACAUUGGUUGCCCAUCACGAUGCAUUUGAAAAUGCAAAAAUAUUACACCGAGAUCUGAGCGUCGGGAAUAUCGUCAUCUACCGAGGGAAGGGGUUCCUUAUCGAUUGGGACUUAGCAAAGCUACUUAUUAUUCAGGGUCCUCGACAGACGACCCGUACGGGAACCUGGCAGUUUAUGUCCGCUCACCUCGUCAAAAACAUCGACGCCGUCCAUGGUGUCGAGGAUGACCUAGAGUCCAGUCUCUAUGUCAUUCUGUGGACGGCCUUGAUGUUCAAGGAGAGCUACAUGAGUUCCGUCGAUCGGACACAGUUUAUAUUGCAGGUUUUCGAUGCUGAUCCGCUACUGGGGUCCGGAGGAUCCGCGAAAUCGAAUUGGCUCAUCGCAAGAACUGAUCUUCCGCGGGAUAUAUUCGUCGACUGCAAACCGCUCGACAAUGUCGUUCUUGAACUCGCGCAGUUCUUUUCGCAUCGAUACUUCGUGGUCUCCCCUGAGGCACAGGAGAUGCUUGUACAAUUGCGGCUCUCGUUGGACGGAUGUUUUGACGACGAAGCUGGGCCUGCGCCCACGGCUGUACAGCGGAGGAUUAUAGAUGCUGCAAAAAAAGUCCUGUUGGAGUCGGUUGCCUACCAGAAGGAGAUGGGGAUGAAGAAACUGCAAUCACACGAGGCCGUCAUCGAUAUCUACAACAAACACCUUGAAUCACCCGGCUGGCCUGAUAAGGAUGCUGCUGUACUGCGAAAACUGCAUCCGAUUGACAAACCCAACGGACGUCGUAUGUAUACGAAGUCACUGUGCGCCUCGCAGGACGUGAUGGGACAGCUCACACCCGCUAGCAAGAAAUGUAGGAGGGAUUCAGAGGGUAACGCUGAGACCCUCAGUAAUCUUGAUCUAGAAAAUCUUGCCUCCUUCAACCAAUGA